AUGGAGAAAUUCAUUGUCAUUGUAGAUAUGUACAACAGGAACCAUGUUCAAUCCCUCCAUUCAUGUGCAAAAACUGCAGGCAAAGGUGGAAUUAAAGGUGGUUUUGGUAUUGGUGGUUUGGCAGUGGUGUUAGUGGCAUUAGUAGUGGUGGUGGCUAUUGGUGGUGGAUUUAGUGUUCAUCGUGGUGGAAUUAGUGGUGUUGGUGAUCCUGGUAUUGGUAUUGGUGGCAUUGGUAUUGGUGUUGGUAAUGGUGUUAGUGGUAUUGGUCAUGUUGGUGGCAUUAGUAAUGUUUGUGGUGGUUGUUGGUAG